UCUCAUUUCCAAUCCAAUCUAAUAAUAACUAUUUAUUCGUUCAACAAACUCUUUUUUCUUCAUUCAAUUCCCCAAUUACUAAACUUCAUAUCCAUCUUUUUCAUACACCCCAUUAUAUAAUCAUCAUCAUACUUAUAAAUUCAUUAUUAAAGAUCACACAAAAACAAUUUCUAACAAUGGCUGGAUUUCUAUCAAAUCUCAAAAGAUUAUAUCUCACUGCUUAUAACUGGGUUGUAUUUGCUGGAUGGUUUCAAGUAUUGUUUUUGACUUUGAAAACAUUAAAGGAAUCUGGGCAUGAACAUGUUUACAGUAACAUUGAGAAACCACUUUUGUUAGCUCAAUCUGCUGCCUUUUUAGAGAUACUACAUGGGAUUAUAGGCUUGGUAAGAUCCCCAGUUUCAGCAACACUGCCUCAAAUAAGUUCUAGAUUGUAUGUGGUGUGGGGAAUCCUGUAUAGUAUUCCUGAGGUUCAAACGCAUCCUAUUGUCAGCUCAUUGGUUAUCAGUUGGUGUAUCACUGAGAUUAUUCGGUAUUCUUUCUUUGGUACAAAGGAGGCAUUUGGUUCUGCUCCAUACUGGCUGUUAUGGCUUAGGUAUAGCACCUUCCUCGUGUUGUAUCCAACUGGAAUUGCCAGUGAAAUUGGUAUUAUCUAUAACGCUCUACCUUAUAUGAAGGAAUCUGGAAUGUAUUCCAUAAGGAUGCCCAACAAAUGGAACUUUUCAUUUGAUUACUUCUAUCUGGCAAUUGUGGUACUCGCAAUAUAUGUACCAGGAAUUCCUCACUUGUAUGGCUACAUGCUUGGACAAAGAAAGAAGACUUUGUCAAAAUCGAAAAAGGCGUGAUGCUUGAAGAUGGCACAUUCGAGUUAUCUUCAUUCUUUAGAAACACUCCGCCCAAUUCGUUGUUGGGUGGAUUAUAACCAUCUUUGAUGAGUGAUGUCCUUGUAUCUUUUGUGUUUAGUCUGUGUGUUCCAUCCGUUUGUUAAUUGAUGAUUUAAUCUUCAUAGCA